AUGGCCCCGUCUCGCUCCUCGUCCGCCAAGAAGGGCAAAGGAAAGGCAUCAGCACUUGACGAGAAUGGUCGACCACCCAAAAUCAAGCGCGUCAAGGAGGUUGUCUUCGACGCAGACUCGCGAAAAGAAUACUUGACGGGUUUCUCGAAGCGAAAGAAGGCGAAGCAGACGGCGAGGCGGAACAAGGCGAUUGAGCGCGAGAAGGAGGCACUGCGGGAUAUGAGGCGUCAGAUUCGAGAGGAGCGGAAAGAGCGGGCAGCUCACAAUGUCAAGGUGGCGCGCGAGAUGUAUGGCGACGCUGACGGAGACGCUGAGGAGGAGGACGACGACGCGGGUACUGGCAGCGAAGGGUCAAGUGACGAGGAGGGUUCGGACGAGGAGGGUCCAGCCGCCGCGUACGAGACGCCGGACGCGAUGACUACGGUUGUUGUCGAAUCGCUCUCCCUGUCUCGGUCACCAACACCCGAACCUCUCCCGCCCGCACCAUCCGCCUCAUCCGCCUCCACGUCCGCCGGCCAGCAAUCCUCGUUGUACAAGAAGCGGGUGAAGAAUGCGGUUCAGGCGCGGCCGAAGUUGACGCGGCAGGAGAAGAAGGAUCGGGCGACAGGUGGCAAGAAGACGAAGAAGAAGAUGGCGAGCAAGAUGAAGGGGACCAAGGGACGGGCGAACAAGUAG